AUGGACAAUGAAGGGAGAUCUUGCGUUUAUGGGCUGAGACACCAAGCAAGGUGCCUUACAGCGGUUACUGCUGAAACAGAACAAAAUAAAUUUCUUGUAGGGUCUCAAACCCUUAAACGUGAUAAUGAGAUUCACCUAAUUGACUUUCACGAAGACGAGUUCGAAAUAACCAGUACAAUUUAUCAACAUUCGGAAGAAGUUUGGGACAUUGCCGCAUGUCCCGCGAAAAUUGAUUCAACAUCAUCCCACACAAAGGCUAAAUUAUGGCGGAUGAACAAUUCAGAUGUGAUUUCGGAAGAAUUUGAGAAAAGAUCUCGUCCCCCGAGAAGCGCAUCGCAUUUGCCAUUGGAAUGUAUUUUUGAAGUUAAAGAGGACGAUACGAUUAAAAAAGUUUUGUGGGAUCCCAAGAAAGAUCUAACAAAAUUCGUGUCUAUUCAUGACUCUUCAUUGCGUAUUUGGGAGUUUGACGAACAGAUGACGUCAGCAAAGACCUCUCACUCAGUUGAUUUCUCUUCAGCAAAUGAGUCUUUACCUCCAUUAGCAACUGGAGUAUGGAAUCCACAUCAACCAGAAGUUGCCAUUGGUAAAGAAUGUUCUGUGCAAGGCUUGGACCUACGAUCACAAAGUCAAACGUUCAACAUCAAUGGUGCACAUUCUGUACUUGUUCGUGCGUUAGAUUACAAUCCGAAUAAGCCAUAUCAAAUUGCAUCAGCAGGUGACGAUUGUAAGAUCAGAUUUUGGGAUCUUAGAAAUACUACAAAUAGCCUUAAACAAAUUUCUGACCAUACGCAUUGGGUAUGGGCUAUCGCGUAUAAUCGAUUUCACGAUCAGCUUUUUUUAAGUUCGAGCUCUGAUUGUCAAGUAAAUCUUCAAAGCAUUGUCUCUAUUUCUUCUGGCGCAAAGCCAACUGAUGGACUAGUGAGAUCUUACGAUCAACAUGAGGAUAGCGUGUACGCAGUUGCUUGGAGUACUUGUGACCCAUGGACGGCCAUUAGUGCCGUUAUUCGAAAAAAACUUCAAGGAUAUGUAGGAUUCGCCAACCUUCCAAACCAAGUGCAUAGGAAAUCCGUGAAAAAAGGAUUCCAUUUCACGGUUAUGAUAGUUGGUGAAUCCGGUCUAGGAAAAUCAACUCUAGUCAAUACUUUGUUCGGCACUACACUUUACCCCAAUAAAGGUGAAACAGAACCAUCAGAUGAAACACCAAAGACUGUAGAAAUCCAAUCUCUAAGUGCAGACAUUGAAGAAAAUGGUGUUAAAUUAAGGCUCACAGUUGUUGAUACUCCUGGAUUUGGUGAUUUUGUUAACAACGAAGAAAGCUGGAAACCAAUUCUUGAAAAUAUCGAAGCCCGUUUUGAUGCAUACCUCGAACAAGAAAACCGUGUGAAUCGUCGUAAGAUGGUUGAUAAUCGCGUUCAUGCUUGCAUUUAUUUCAUUGCUCCUACCGGUCAUUCGCUCAAACCUUUGGAUGUUGAAUUUAUGCGACGGCUACAUACCAAAGUCAAUCUCAUUCCAGUAAUUGCAAAAUCAGAUACGUUGACUGAAGAUGAAAUUAAACAAUUUAAGCAACGUAUUUUAGAUGACAUUGCUUACCAUAAGAUUCAAAUCUACCAAGCACCACAAUAUGAAUAUGAUGAUCAAGAGACUUUAGCCGAAAACCGUGAAAUAAUAAGCAAGAUUCCAUUUGCCAUUGUCGGUAGUGACAAGGAAGUCGAACUUCCUGACGGACGUCGCGUGCGUGGACGCAAAUACCCAUGGGGUGUCAUUGAAGUCGAUAACGAAGAGCACAAUGACUUUGUAAAACUUCGACAAAUGCUCAUUCGAACUCAUAUGGAAGAACUUAAGGAACACACUAAUGAUGUACUCUACGAGAAUUAUCGAUCCGAAAAACUUGUCACCAUGGGUGUACAACAAGAUCAAACCGUUUUCAAGGAGGUAAAUCCACUUGCCAAGAUGGAAGAAGAACGAGCACUUCAUGAGGCUAAGCUACAAAAGAUGGAGACAGAAAUGAAAAUGGUAUUCCAGCAAAAAGUCCAGGAGAAAGAGGCUAAAUUGAAACAAUCCGAAGAAGAAUUAUAUGCUCGUCACAAGGAGAUGAAGGAUGCCCUGGAAAAACAACGUCUAGAAUUAGAAGAAAAAAAGAGACGAUUGGAGUCGGGUAGACCGAUUACCCCCGAAAAGGCAAAGAAAAAAGGAUUCUCGUUUAAUAACAAAUAA